AUGGAUCCCCAAAAUCUGUCCGCAGCUGAGCUCGUUCAAAAGUUUGACCAUGAUCGAACAAACACUGCCCUCGCGGAGGAAAUACACCGCCGAACAAUUGACCCAUCUCUGAACGGGGAUCUAUUCCAAGAAAUCAAAAACCUCAAAGAUUCCAUCGAGGGGGCUCCCAAGUCUGGCAAAGAGUUCUUCAGACCCCGGCCUCCCCCAAAGGACUCGUGGGCCAAUUGCAUCGGUCAACAAAAGUGCACGCCCAAGUCCUUACGCUACCCCAAGGGCUUACCAGACCUUGUCCAAGCUGUCAAGGAUGGUAGAGAGCAGAAACUGAAUGUUAGAGCUGUGGGCUCGGGACAUUCGUUCUCGAACAUUUGUCCUACUGAUGGGAUUCUUCUUGAUCCUCAUGGCAUGAAUAAGUUCUUAAAGCUGAACUCUGAGAUUUUGAAAGAACCCUCUAAAGCUUCGGAUCAUGUUCUUGUCGAGAGUGGCAUUACGAUCAAAGAUUUGAACUCGCAGCUUGACAAGAUGGGUAAGGCUCUUGCGACUAUGGGAGCGUAUGAUGGACAGACUCUUGUCGGAGCUAUCACAACCGGCACUCAUGGCAGUGGCAAAGAUUCUGGAAACCUAGCCAGCCUUGUUCGAGCUAUUAUACUUGUCUCUGAGACUGGAAAGGUUUAUCAGAUUGAGCCAAAGGAUGGCAUCACAGAUCCUGCCAAGUUCGUCCCGGGCGACGCUCAGGAGCUCAAGCAGGAUGAUGAUUGGUUCCAAGCAGCUCUCAUCGCAAUGGGCUGCCUCGGUCUUGUCUACUCUUACAUCAUCGAAGUGGUACCAACGUUCUUCCUGAGCGAAGUGCGGGCAUUGACGACUUGGCAAGAUUACAAGUCCCAACUCGCAGGGGGUCUUGCAUCUGCUCCUCUGCAGAAUCACUACUUCGAGAUUGAUCUAAACCCUUAUCAGACAGUUGGCCGAAACAUCGCCGUUACAACCAUUCGUACAUGCUCAAAAGCUACAAAGCGUGAAGGCGGUCGUGGCUUCGACAACUGGCUCGCCGGCCUCCUCGCCCAACACCACUGGGUCGAAGACAUCCUCGUCUGGAUCCUCAACCGCUGGCCGCUUCACAGUCCAGGCAUAAUCACCACCGCCAUGAAAAGCCUCCCCGUGAAGCACUACAUCGACAAGAGCUUCAAAGUCCUUAACAUCGGCGCCGUCGACGACGUGAAAGCCUACGCCAUGGAGCUAUCCUUCGACGCCAAUCAAGACAUAGUCUCUAUCGUUGACCGUAUCCUUGCGUUGUUCCAGAAGGCAGCUAAUGAGAAGAAGUGGUUUCUGGCAGGGCCGUUUGCACUGCGGUUUGUUAAAGAGUCUAGUGCGUUUUUGGCACCGCAGCAGGGGAGGACGACGAUGAUGGUUGAGAUGGAUAUGUUGUUUGGGGUCAAGACAGGGGAGGAGCUGUUGAAGUUUAUGAGACAGGAGCUGUGUGAGGGGGAGGAGGGGGAGGAUGUUAGGGUUCAUUGGGGGUUAGAUUUGGAUACUGUUAAGAAAGGGGACUUGGAGAGGAUGUAUCCUGAGUCGGGGAGGUGGUUGGCUGUUUAUAAGCAGCUGAACUCGACGGGGAUUUGGAAUAGUCCUUUCACGGAGCGUCUGGGGAUUUCUGUGCCUAUGUAA